AUUAUUUAUUCAUUUAAUUUUUAUAUUUAUAGGUUUGAAGAAGCUACAUUCGAUGAAAUGGAUUUAAAUUAUGAUAAAAUAUAUACACUAGCAAUGAUAAAUAAUGAAGAAACUGAAGUAAGUAAUCCUUUAAGUUAUUCGGAAGAAAACAUAAUCAAAUGA